CACAGCACAACCAGCCCCGGGGCUCAUACCCAUGCGGAAAAAAACUGUCUCACUUGUAAAUGCAUAUCUGAUGGACAAACUUCAUACACACUCUACUCUACAGGCGAAACCAGACCUAUCGCUCAUCACAUUGACUGUAACUCCAAAAACAUCAUGUACUUGAUACAAUGCAACCACUGCUCCAAACAAUACAUAGGUGAAACCAAACGACGACUCAAAGACCGUUUCAAAGAACACCGCAGACCAGUUUACAACCCAUCUAAUAUCUCUAAACCCACCACAGUCUCAGGACACUUUCUUACUAAUGAUCACUCUGCUAACGACAUCACACUUAUUCCACUAGAGUUCAUUAAAUCUAAUAGAGACAGUGUACGAAAAGCUAGAGAAGCAUACCUCAUCGAGAGGGGAAAAACUCUUGAAAUAGGUAUGAAUAAGAAAGAUGAAAUGUAA